UUUUUAAAAAUUAAUUUGAAAAUUAUGGGCAAUUUAUUUUUGUAUAUUUCCCUUCUAUUUUCUAUUUUAAAUUAUUCUACAGGUUUACAACAAAAAAAAUUUUCCGAACGUCCAAAUAAUUCUGGAAAUAUAUGGGCAGUUUUGGUUGCGGGGUCUUCUGGGUGCUGAUGUGUGCCAUGCAUGGCAUACUCUUAUUAAUCAUGGGGUUAAUCCGGAAAAUAUUAUUACUAUGAUGUAUGACGAUAUUGCAA